AUGGGCACCAACAAAGUCCGGAAUGGAACAGGCGUGCGCCGGGAGGCAUACCGACGAAAGCAAUCACUAUAUUCCCAUGGUAUAGAGGCCCGUGCCUUACUCGGGGAAAGUGCCAGCCAGGCCUUUAGCUUCACCAGCCUGCCAGCUCUCACUCCACGGCGGCGUCUGCGCUUCCUUGGGACAAGCGCGUUCACACGGAGGAGAAAGUCAGGCACGCCGGACAGGUUGUAUGUGUGUGGGUUUCUGUGUCGAGCGAAGUUGGUAAAAUCCAUGGGUCAGCUGAGGCGAGUGAAGUGUCCUCGGGAACUGCUGCUCAUGGCCAAACAGUAA